AUGGACGACGAUGUUGGUGAACGAACACCGGCUCUCGGUGGUUCAUGUGGUCCAUCAGUUCGUGCCCACAGUAGUUCACCAAGAAGAGUUCCUCUAUUCGAACGAGCGUCAGCCAGAUGGUGGAAUCCUCAAUUUCGUUCUGCAACCCUAGAAGCGCAAUACUGGAAAUGCAGUUUCAGUCAACUAAGAGAUCGCUUCAGAUCUGGAUUAUUCUAUAUUGGAGGUGUCAUCACUUUCUGGGCACUCUAUCAUUUGGUUCUAGAUGAAACAACGGUACAAAACUAUGUCAUCUCCAUCGGUCUCGUGGGUAUCAUUUGUGCGAUGUACGGUUUCACUGCCCUCUCCGCGCAAUAUCAAAGAUUCUAUAUGCCGACUUCUUUCCUAUGUACUUUUUUAAUUUGCCUAGUGACUCUCCUACUGUUUUCUGCCGAGCAUCAUGCCACAUUUAUGACUCCAGUUGCUUGUCUUGCCACUAGUUUCCAGGUUGUUCUUCUGAUCUACACUGUCAUCCCACUUCCUCUCUAUCUUUGUAUUCUUAUUGGAACCAUCUACUCGAUCCUUUUCGAAAUUCUCAACAAGAAUAAAAUUGGUCUUGAAGAGCCCGGAUACAUCAAGCUGGUCCUUCAUGCUGGUGUCCACUUGUUGGGUGUCCAUUUAUUUAUUUUAACUCAAGUUCGACAACGGAAGACAUUCUUGAAAGUGGGACAAUCUCUGUUGGCAAGAAAAGAUUUGGAACUGGAGACACAAUUCAAGGAUCACAUGAUUCAGUCUGUGAUGCCUAAAAAGGUAGACAUGCAUUUGAAAUUUGAAAUGAGAAUUUUCUCAUUUAACUUGCAAAGGCAACAUUUUGUUGCUGAUGAACUUUUAAAAGAUGCAUCUGAACUUCGUCGUCCUUCAGCUUCUAAUGAUUCCAACUGCCGAACUUCGAAUGCUACUCAAGUUGAUCAACCAAUUGCCAAAACAGUUCCCGAGUACCGAAAAUUCCGUCCUUUUACAAUGAAUCUCAUGACAAAUGUCUCUAUUCUCUUUGCCGAUAUCGCUGGAUUUACCAAAAUGUCAUCUAAUAAAUCUGCCGACGAACUUGUCAACCUUCUCAAUGACCUUUUCGGAAGAUUCGAUACUUUAUGUCGGUUGAGAGGACUUGAGAAAAUCUCCACUUUGGGCGACUGUUAUUACUGUGUAGCUGGAUGUCCCGAGCCAUGCGACGAUCAUGCUUGCCGAACAGUUGAAAUGGGCCUUGAUAUGAUUGUGGCUAUUCGUCAAUUCGAUAUUGACAGAGGACAAGAAGUUAACAUGAGAGUUGGUAUUCACACUGGAAAAGUAAUGUGUGGAAUGGUGGGAACUAAACGAUUCAAGUUCGAUGUGUUCUCGAAUGACGUCACAUUGGCAAACGAAAUGGAAUCAUCUGGUGUAGCUGGAAGAGUCCAUGUUUCGGAAGCAACAGCAAAACUUUUGAAGGGAUUGUAUGAAAUUGAGGAGGGACCAGACUAUGAUGGACCUUUGAGAAUGCAAGUACAGGUAAGAUCCAUUAAUAUAGUCAGAAGGAGAGGAAUCAUGAAUUUUCAGGGAACAGAGAGAAGAGUCAAACCAGAAAGUAUGAAGACGUUCUUCAUCAAAGGACGUUUGAAUGAAGAUGUCCAGGAAGAACAGAUUCAAGUUCAAGAAGUCGAAAGUCUUCACAGUCAGAAAAGUUCAAAGAAAUCUCAUAAACCAAAGUGGGUAGAAAAGUUGAGAAUGAACCACACCAAUUCGUAUCCGUUGAGAAGCGCAGCGAGAGAAGGCGGAGGAAGUUUGAGAAUAAAGUUGGCCGAAAGAAACAGGAGUACUCAACUACUUCCAAAGGAAUCAAACUCGAUUUGCGUUAUGGAAGAUAAUAGGAAAUCAUCAUCUCUACAAGCAUUGGCUACUAAUAACUUCAAUGGAAGUAAUACAGAUACAAACAACACUUACAGUGAGAGAGGAGUAGCUGGAAGUAUCAGUAAGAGAUCAGUGGCUGGAAGUGAGAGUAACAGUAUCAAGGGAAGCAGAAGCAGUGGAUUACAACUAUCUCUUCAAGACGGAAAUUCCGAUUUGAAUUCAGUCGGAGGUCUUGAUACAGCCAUUAGCCAUCAUCACAAUGCAGCUUCUCUCACUCGAUUCGACACUGAUAAUAACUUUGACCAGAGAUUAGCAAUGGUUCUUGGACAAGGAGAGCAAACACUUGAUAAAGGAUUCUGGAACCACAAUGAUAGUCUGAAUAAGUGGACGCUUCGUUUCAACGAGAAGGAUGUGGAGCAGGAGUAUCGAGCACACUUCGUGGAAUCGGCUGAGAGAUACACAUCUUCUAAAAAAGGACACUUGGAAAGACAUCAGGAUUUGAUGGAACAAGGAAAAGAUGGAGUCGCUGGAUCAGCAGUUAACAAAUACAGAUACUCUGGCGUUUUCAUCGAUAUCAUCGUUGCCACUCUGAUCUUUGUCUUUGCUUCAGUCGUUGCUAUAAUGGCAGUUCGUCCUCUCCCACUUUCUCUUCUUGCCUACGUUCCAUUCGCAUCUGCCAUUCUGAUUCUCACUAUCAUCCUCAUCGGUCUUCCACUUCUGGCCAGAAAGAAAUCAAUUACAUGCACAAACCAAUGGAUGCCACGUCAUCUGAUUGGUCUUCUGCUAAUUUCUCUUCCCAUCGGAGUAGCCGUGUGUAUAAUGCCAUCUUGUAAAUUUGGAGAUUGUGCCAAUAUGGUGUUGAACUACAGAUUAACAUUCAGUUAUGUCACAAUGUUGGCAAUUUUCGCCCAUUGUAACUUUUCCCAACUUGCUGCUCUGCCUAAAAUAGCUUCCGCUGUUUUGAUUGGAUUAAUGCACAUCGCAGGAGUUUUUUAUUGUGAAUACAAUUUGAAGCAUUUGAGUGUGGAACAAGACACCUGCAAUACAACUUUAAUUGUUAUUCCACCACUUCGAAGAGGAUUGAAUGCUACGAUUGCAUUGAAUUCCACAACCAUUAGAGGUCUUCCUCAAGGAUAUGGAUCACCUCUUUUCAUUUGGGAAUUGCUCAUGGACGUUGUCAUGUCAAUUUUAUUGGUUGCAUUCCUCAACUAUCAGUUUGAAACUGCAUUCCGAAUGUCAUUCUUCGGAGAUGUGCAGGCUCGUCGUGAUACCGAACGAAUGCAAAUCGUGCGUGAUCAAGCCGAUUGGCUCCUGAACAACGUCAUCCCAGCCCACGCAGUCGAAAGUUUGAAAACGGACACAAAGUACAGUGAGAAUCAUGAAACAGUUGGAGUCCUAUUCGCUUCGAUCACAAAUUGGAAUGAUAUGUAUGAAGAGAAUUUUGAAGGAGGUCGAGAAUUCUUGAGAGUUUUGAACGAAGUGAUAGGAGAUUUUGAUGAAUUGCUCGAUCGUCCCGACUUCACCCACAUUGAGAAAAUCAAGACAAUCGGUCCAGCAUAUAUGGCUGCAAGUGGAUUGAAUCCAGAAAGGAAGAAGAAUAUGUUACAUCCAAAAGAGCAUUUAUAUCAAAUGGUUGAGUUCGCAUUGGCUAUUCAACAUGUGCUCAGUGUUUUCAACGAAGACUUGCUCAAUUUCGAUUUUGUAUGCAAAUUAGGAUUGAAUAUCGGACCAGUAACAGCUGGUGUCAUCGGAACAACCAAAUUGUACUACGAUAUUUGGGGAGAUACUGUAAAUAUUGCCAGUCGAAUGUACAGCACUGGAGUAUUGAACAGAAUUCAAGUAUCCCAGCAUACCAGAGAAUUCCUUUUGGAUCGAUAUGAAUUCGAGUUCAGAGAUCAUAUUGAAGUAAAAGGAAUCGAUGGAGGAAUGGAUACUUAUCUCUUGGUUGGCAGAAAAGGAGACGGAAUUCCUCCAUCUGUCAAGGAUAACAAAGAAGAUCAAUUUUAA